CUUUGUUUAGCUGCGUCGUGACGUCACACGUACUACGGAGGAAGUGACAGAGUGCCAAAACAGACACACUACGCUGCCCGGUAAUAUUAGGAUUUUAAAAAAUGGGAGUAAAAGGUCUGCAGUAUUUCAUGGAGCGCUGCUGUCCAGAGUCCUGCGUCACUGUCAAUUUGAAAGAGAUAGCCAUGCAACAUGUUUCGAAAACAUCAGACAACUCUUCCAGUCCUACACUCGUUGUGGAUGGAAUGGCCUGUUUACGCCACUGGUACUCUUGUAAAGACUGGGUAUGUGGGGGUCAGUGGAAAGAGUAUAUGAGCAUCCUGAGGAGGUGGGUGGAAACGUUCACCUCUGCAGGAAUUCAUCUGGUGUUCUUCUUUGAUGGCAUGGUUGAGGAGAAUAAGAGACAUGAAUGGGUGAAGCGAAGAAGACGAGUGAACGGGGAAGUGUCUAAAAUCUUUCGUUACAUUAAGUUACAUAGAGCUCAACCAGGCAAAGAUCUCUUUAGCCUGCCAUCUGGCUUGGCAACAUUCACACGCUUCGCUCUCAGAACGUUAGGUCAGGAUGUAUUUUGCUCAGUACAGGAGGCUGACUAUGAGAUUGCCUGUUAUGCUCAUCGCCAUGGAUGCAUGGGAAUUUUGGGACAAGACUCAGACUUCAUCAUUUACGACAGUGUUCAUUACUUCUCAGUUGCAAAACUACACUUGGAUCGCCUCACCACCGUCCUAUAUGAUCAAGAGAGGCUUUGUCGAGCCAUUGAAUUGGACGUUUCUCAGUUACCGCUACUUGCUUGUCUCCUCGGUAACGAUGUGGUGCCAGAAAAGUGCAUGCAGGUUAUCAGGAACAAUGCCAUGGAAGCAUACAGGAAAUCAUAUGAUACAGCUCACUCUGGAGCUCCCCAGGGGCAAAUGGUGUUAGCUGUAUCCCAGUAUGUCAACUCCUUGUGGGGUAGGGAUAAAGAACAGACUGGGCUUAUCCCCCAGGCCCUGAAACUACCAGCUGCAAAUAGAAAGCUCCUGGAAAAAGGGAUUUGCUCCUAUUUACUAGCUGGACCAGAAGCUCGUCCGAAGGAUGCCCAAUCUCCUAUACCCUCUACAUUUAAGAAAGAUUUCAGUCCAGAAAUAUUAAAGGCUUGUAGAGAAAGGCAUGUGUCAGCAGAGGGUUUCAUGGUUUACAAUGUCCUAUGUGAAGGAGUGGUUGAAUGCAGUAAUAGUCUGGAGGAUGAAGAGGAUCAUGAACUUUUGCCUCAGGCGUUUGUUUUUAAGUCCUGCAGACAACGCAUCUACGGUCUGCUACUGCUCAACAAACGUUAUGAUAACACUGUGGAACCUCCAGCCAUCAGAGAGUGGUUUGUCUAUCCAGGCAACCCUUUGAAGGAGCCUGACAUGGUCCUCCCAGUUCCACUUGACAACCCAUGUGAACAACCAAGUCUGGAGUUACUCUGGUUCAGUUCUGGGCCUGACGUUUCCACGAUCCGUCUGAUGAGCUUUUUAUCUAUAUUUGACUGCCAGGAAUUUGCCAACUUGUACGGCGUUAUUGAAGACUCUCUCUUGGUUGCUCUUUGUCUAAUCACCUAUAUUGCACUCCAGGUACCAUCUCUAUGUUCAGAGGAUGUGGACGCUUACCUGAGUCAGGCUGUGUGUCUAAGGCUGAAAUCUCUGCAAGAACUUCAACAAAUCAAGUUGCCAUUCCUCUGCAGUCGAGCGGUCCAACUGGGCUCUCUCUAUGUCCGGGGACUGAGCUACAUGCUGGGGGCCAACUGUGCUAGCGGCUGCCCGCUACCCAACACCGCUCUAAUGCCUUGGCAAAGUUUCGAUGGACAGUUCUUCCACUCAAAGUACCUGCUGGCACAUCGUGGCACAGACCAAAUGUUGCUACUGGACAAAAAUGCAGCCAGUCUGGCCUUGUUUCUCCAGCUCAGAGAGAAGCAUGUAGAAGUUUGCAAGAAGAAAAACAGAGUCUUACAGUCCCGAUCCAGAACUAGCGAACUUGAAAAGAGUUAUACUACCUGUUACGGAGAUGGACACACAGAUGGUGGUGACAACUGGCAGGACACUGGUGAGACGUCAGCAGGAAGAUGGAGGAGGGAGAGUAAUCAGCUAAAUUUUGGAUACAGCGGAGCAAAUCUACACAGAGAAAGAAAAGGGGGGAGCCAAUAUUCCCACCCUCGCUUUCAUCCUCCAUCUUCGAGUCGAUGGCGUCCCAGUAGAGGGCAAUACCAGCGGGCUCCCAGAUGGUGUCAGCCUCCAGGAACCUAACCCCACGCUAACUGAAAGAAGAGGAGCAGAGGAUUAGUGAGCAGGACUUGAAGAGUUAAGAGGGUAGGGAAGACCUGAUGAAAAGAAUCACAGAAUCAAGUUUCUCUGAACAAACUGAUUAGCUGUCAAGAAUGUUUGUCGAAGGGAUGCAGAAGGUGAAAAAGGGGAUUAAGCAAAGAGAAUUGAGAGAUUAGAAACUCUGAGAUUUGACAUUUUGGAUUUACUUUUUCCAUUGAAAAAAAAUAUCUAGUGGCAUCUCAAAUCACUGUAGAAACCUGCUGCUACAGAAAACAAUACUGGCAUGGAGUACCAAAAAACUAGUGAAGCCAAUUGAAAAACACUGAAAAGGGGAUUAAAUGCUUAAUCCUCAAACUCGUUUUAACUUUAUUGUGUGGGACCCAUUUCAAUAUAUAGGCCAAUUUUAAUGUCCAGCACUAUGCUGCCAAUUCAUAUACUUAGCUAAUCCAAUACUGUAAACAUGCGCACACACACUCUCACACAUACCAAUAAUUUUUCAGGUAUGGUUUUGGAAAAAUAUCCCAUAUGAGCACCGAAGAACAAAAACAUUUGGUUAGUGGAGUGACAAAAGAUUGUACUCAACCAGGAUGGUUUGAACUUUAAUCUGACUCAGGUUAUUGUAAGUAGACAAAGUAUUCCGUCAAAAAAAAAAAAUUAUGUCGUCAAUGGUGAGUAAUUUAUAUAAAAUAUUUGUUAAUUAAUCUGGGCAUGAAUGUCAAAUAGACAAAAAAAAAAAAAAAAAAAAGGAAUGUGUUAUAUCAAAAUAUUUUCCGACAAUAUCACUUGGUCUAAAUUAUAUACGUAUUUACCUACACUCACUGCACUCAGAGCAAUAACAGAGGAAUGCAGUUCAGUGUAACUUAAAUACACACAAUUAUUUAUUUUUUAAAUUACUCUAAACAAUACAGUUCAACCGAAAAAGUUACUUUAAACUUUUAUAGGCCAAGUGAUUAUCGUUGGUGAUUAAUAAUUUAAAAAAAAAAAAAAAAAACAUAACCCCACAAAAACCGGACAUCACAAAGUUUUGCUAUACAAGUGUGGUCUACAUGACCCAAAAUGUGAUAUCCACAUAUGUGGACACCAAGUCUCAUUUACAACUACAGCAUAUUAUUUUUAAUUGAAUUUUAAACAGUUUUUACAACUAAAUAAAAAAAUACAUUUAAACAUUGAUAAUAAAAACAGAUUUAAUCAAUUCUAAAUCAAAGCAGAAAUACACUCUGGUCAUAGCCCCCAAUAGCAUGCUAAAGUUUUCUUUUAAUUUCAUUUUAUUUCACUCAUCGCCUGACACUGACUGGCUGUGAAUGCUCAUCUUUCAAUGCCAUUGACAGUGCUAUAUAUCCAACCAAUUUGGACUUCAAGAGUUUUCAGCGAUCAUUAGCUUCCAGUCUCUGCCAGCUCAAACAGAUUUGACAUCUAGCUCAGUCAGUUGCUGCCAAUAAGUUAAAUGAAUGCCCUAUUAAGGGUUAAGUAACUGUCAUCUAAGGCUAGGAUCACACUACAGGUCUUAAUUCACAAUCCAGAUUUUUUGUCUUAUCUGUUUUUUUUUGGCGUGCCCAUUCAGACUGCCUUUGUCCGUUGAGCCCGUUCAAGUAUUACGCAUGCCCACUAACUCGCAGUCUGACACGCGCUGAGCAAACUGACUCGCAUGCGCAGAAGCAUCAACAUAAAUGACUACACAUAAUGGCUGUACAUCAUUCCAGGGUGAUCAUAUUUUGAUUUCCAAAAAGAGGACACAAAUAACAGACAUUAACAAUCCCCGUUUAGUCUUAUAUUCAAAGUUUAUAGGCAUUGAUAGAACGCAUGCACGCACUGUGUGCGUAUGGCACACACACACACAAAAGCCUUAUGUGUGUGCGUCAGUUUGCAUGUAAGCAAUACUGAAAUAUUGCUCACAUGGCGCACAAACUGAGUAUUAUCAGGCUUAUCCUUUUCUUCAUUUCAUUUUUUAUGACUGUGGUCAAGCCCGCCUACUGCGUCAAAGCCAAAUUCAAGCUAGGUGCUACCAUUAAUGCACAGCUACAGUGAAUCACAAAAAUGAGUACACCACUCGCAUUUGUGUAGAUAUUUUAAGUAUAUCUUUUCAUGGGACAACACUGACAAAAUGACACUGAUGCCUCUUCUGAAGACAGUACACAAGAAAGCCCGCAAACAGUUAACUGAAGACAUGUCAACUAAGCACAUGGAGUACUGGAACCAUGUCCUAUGGUCUGAUGAAGCGGGCGGGCUUUCUUGUGUACCGUCUUCAGAAGAGGCUUCCUCCUGGGGUGACAGCCAUGCACACCAAUUUGAUGUAGAGUACGGCGUAUGAUCUGAGCACUAACAGGCUGACCCCCCACCUCUUCAAUCUCUGCAGCAAUGCUGACAGCACUCCUGUAACGAGUCACAUGACAUUUUGGAGGGAAAAUGACAAGCAGUACUCAAUUUGGACAUUUAGGGAUGUACGUAGUUUCUAAGGGGUGUUCUCACUUUUGUUGCCGGGGGCUUAGAUAUUAAUGGCUAUAUUUUGAGUUAUUUUAAGGAGAAAAUAAUUUAACUGUAUAAUAUAAGCUGCACACAGACUACUUUUCAUUGUGUCAAAGUGUCAUUUUGUCAGUUUUGUCCCAUGAAAAGAUAUACUUAAAUAUCUGCAGAAAUGCAAGGAGUGUACUCGCUUUUGUGAUGCACUGGACAUCGCUGACAUCUUGCCUGCCGCUCUCGCUCUGUGCUGACGUAAUUGCUACAUGAAUUCCGAUUUUGGAAACUUGACAGUUCAAACUAGAGAUGUCCCGAUCCGAUAUUAGGAUCGGAUCGGACGCCGAUAUGGGCAAAAAAAUGCGCAUCGGUAUCGGAUCGGCCAACACAGAAAAAUUCCGAUCCAGACUUCCGAUCCAGUUUUUUUUUAAAGUCCGGUCCGGGUUUUUCAGCGCACCAAUUUGCAUAAUCCAUUCCAGUUUUUUGCUUCGGUUUCCCUAAAAUUCGGUCCGCAUUUUACGAUACACCUUCAACACACUACAUUUACAUUACCGUCUCCCAAUUUACCGAGAGACUUUAUCGGUAAAAAUGUUAGCUUUGUGGGAUCAUUUCACCUUAAAGGACGACAAAGACGAAGAGGCAGAGUGCAACAUAUGCCACAAUAAAGUCAAGUGUGGUGGUAAAGCUGUAAGAAAUUUUAAUACAACCAACCCAAUCAAGCAUUUAGCGAAAUACCACCACGAACAAUAUGAGGAGUAUGUUAAGAAAACCAAAGACAAAAAGAAAGGUCCUACGCAACUAACACUGGCAGAAACUUUUGCUAUGCGUGACAAACUGGCACUCGACAGUCCCAAAGCCCAGGGAAUAACAAGAGUCAUUGCCGAAGAAUUCAUUCUGGAUGACGAGCCAUUAUCUCUCGUGAGUAAAGACGCACCAUCCAACACUUAGAACCACGGUACAACAUGCCCAGCCGUGAUUACAUCCUUGAGCGAUUCGGCCGUGGAAGAUUCGAGAACGAUUCACAAACAUCCAAAUUCCGAUUAUUGAAAUAUGUCAAGUAAAGCGGAAGUAAUACACAGCGCGGUCUUCGGGACGCAAUGAGAAAUGGACAUAUACCCGGGUAAUGCCAAUGCUCAACUCACAGCUUUAGCUCAACUCAUGCCGCUGGAUAAAAAACAACUACGUCAACAUUUUUUUACUGUAGAUAAUAGAUAUCAUAUGUAUAUAGAACUAGAUGCAAGAUGACAGACUCGACGGCGUUAGCAACAUUGAAGUAUUGAAAACUAGUUGCGUUAGUAAACAGCCGCCAUCUUAAAGCAGGAGACUUCCCUAGUAGGCUGUUGAGAACCUUCCAAGCGAACCUAAUUAACUUUUUAUCUAAAAUACUCCUAAAUCGGCAAAAUCAUGACUUGAAUCUAUCUUCAAACCAGUUUUAAAACUUUCACAUGUCGAAAGUAGAGAGAAGAGAAAUUAUGGAAUAACGGGAGCAAUUUUAACAACUUUAACAGUUGAUUCGCAAAAUUAAAUGAAUUGAAUGUAGUUUAAAGCUGCUGAUACAGAAUGGGGACUUGAGUAAUUUAUUUACUGUUUUAAAAUGUUAACUUGAUACUGAAAUAGUCGUUUAUUUAAACCUGAGAGGCUUUUUAUACAAUUUUUGUAACUAAUGCACAAAACAUUAAAAACAUCUAAUAGCUUGGGGGGUUUGUGGGAUUUUCCACUGAAGUUGUUUGUGUGUUUUGCUUUUUUAGGCCGUUUACAAAAUUAUUUGCACGUUUUACUGACUGACUUUGCCAUUUCUGUUUGUUAUUUAUAAUGUUUUGUGUUUGUCACUGAAUAAACAGGUCAGUUUCUUGUUACCAACCGUUGUGUGUUAUUCAAACUCACCCAAUUCAGCUGGCUAGUUGUUAUCAAAAGCACUAAAACCUUUUUCAACAUGAGUCUGACAACUAAGGGAAGGAGGCUAAAUUACUUUAAACUUUAAUACAUGCUCAGAUAGGCCGGUAUCGGUAUCAGCCAGUAUCGGUAUCGGUUCGGAAUUGCAAAACAAAAUCGGUAUCUGAUCAGAAGUGCAAAAACCUGGAUCGGUACAUCCCUAGUCCAAACCACUGCCACAUUCUGGAAAAAUGUUGCCCAAAUCAGAUUUAAACCACAUACGAAGUGACCCACAUCUGAUUUGUAAUGGUCCACGUUUUUGCGACUUGUCACGUUCGGACCAUCAAGUUAAUGCCUCACUCGAGUUGGAAAAACACGAAAAAAUUGGAUUCGUGCAUUAAUACCUGUGGUCUGAACCUAGCCUAAAUGUAGCACUUACCCAUCUCUGCUCAUCAGAGUGACAGACAGGUCUCUGGGUGGGGUACCUUUAGAGGCCUACAUAAGUAAAGUGGCUCUGUUUGGAUGCUAACUAAUGAAGAGGUGCAUGGGAUGCAUUCUGCGGUGAAGUAAAUGAGAGAAGACUGAGUGAAGAAGAAGGGGGGUAACGGAGGGAGGAAAGUUGAAAACUCUUGGAGAGCGGGCAACUAUUAGGUAUGAGAAGAGAAACGGAAGAAGGUGGAAUUUGGGAGCUGCUAUGAAUAGACUGACCAACAAAAACAGGAAGAAAUGUAAGAAAAAGGUGGAUUUUAGAGAGAGCAGAAGAAAGACAGGUUUUUGAGUUGAUGGUCUGUUGUGUUGUUUCAACCACAGGAAGCCCUGUUGGCUUCCUUUUGCCAUAAGUGUAUGUGCGGGUGUGGUUCCUCCAGCAGCAGUGUCAAAAACACGCAUUUGAGUCCUCGGGUCUGGGAUUGCUUUUUACAUGGUUUCCUCUCCUUUGGUGGUCAUUCAAAAAGUUGUCUGCGUUGUUUUUCUCAACACAUUCUUUUUGUUAUCUAAACAUUCUAAAGCUUUUGGUGUCGGGACAACCGUCUCGUUACCUUUUACAGAGCACCCGUUGAACUCAUUGACUGCCAUUGACAGCACUAAACGUCCAAUCUAUUUUGACUGUGAGGACUGACAGCGUACAUUUGCUGCAACAUGCAAUAUUCCUCCCAGUUUAAAUGAAUUGGAAUUCCAUCGAUAUUAGUGACAGGCAAUGAGUUAAAUACUGUGAAGUAAUUAUAUCAUUUUAUUGUUUUAUUCAUUGAAAAAUAUAUCAAAUUAACUAAUGAAAAAAAAAAGAUUAAUAAUUACAAAUAUGUGUGUGCGGGUGUGUUCAUCUAAUUGGUGUUCAUAUAAUUGGUGUUCAUAUAAUUGAGACUACGUCCUCGCACAGUACGUGGACAUAAAGGUUGUAAUAGUUUUGGA